AGCAGUUCCACUUAGUUUCCAAACGCUAGACUCAACCUCACAUGGAGUCUGUUGUUCUGGAAACGAGCCUAGGAGACAUUCAGCUUGAACUCUACUGGAACCACGCGCCGAAAACAUGCAAGAACUUUGCUGAGCUCGCAAAACGCGGAUAUUACAAUGGCGUUAUCUUCCAUCGUAUCAUUGCAGACUUCAUGGUGCAAGGUGGUGAUCCUACAGGCACGGGAAGAGGCGGGACUAGUAUAUAUGGGCAAAAAUUCGCGGACGAGAUUAAUCCCGAUUUGCGCUUUACCGGCGCGGGUAUCUUAGCUAUGGCAAACUCAGGGCCGAACACGAAUGGCUCGCAAUUCUUCUUGACUCUUGCGCCGACUCCAUACUUGGACAACAAGCAUACCAUUUUUGGCCGCGUCAGCUCAGGAAUGCGAGUUCUUCAAAGGUUGGGGUCAGUUGCAACUGAUGUGCAAGAUAGGCCUCGAGAGGACGUGAAGGUACACAAGGCUCGUGUAUUGUAAACUGCAUUGCUCUUGUACACAUAAGAGUCACAGACAUUAUAUUCAAGGACUGUAUCAUCA